UUGGCAGGGAGCCCCGCCGCCCCGGCAAAAGGCAGCAACGGGCCGGGGGCGGUGGGAGAGCGGGACCGGCCUCCGGAGAGCAGCCGUGCCCACCGACCCCCGCCAUGAGCGGCCGAGUCGGGGACCUGAGCCCCAAGCAGGAGGAGACGCUGGCCAAGUUCCGGGAGAACCUCCAGGAUGUGCUGCCCUCCCUACACAACCCCGACGACUACUUCCUCCUGCGCUGGCUCCGAGCUCGAAAUUUUGACCUGCCGAAGUCUGAGGCCAUGCUCCGGAAGCACGUCGAGUUCCGGAAGCAAAGGGAUAUUGACAAUAUUACCAGCUGGCAGCCCCCAGAGGUGAUCCAGCAGUAUUUAUCAGGGGGCAUGUGCGGCUAUGACAAUGAAGGCUGUCCUGUGUGGUAUGAUAUCAUUGGACCCCUCGAUGCCAGAGGGUUGCUGCUUUCUGCCUCCAAGCAGGACCUGCUUCGGACCAAAAUGAGGGACUGCGAGCUGAUGUUACAAGAGUGCAAGCGACAGACUGAAAAGGUGGGGAAGAAAGUCGAGACAAUCACCAUGAUUUACGACUGUGAGGGACUUGGCCUCAAGCAUCUUUGGAAACCAGCAGUGGAGGCCUAUGGAGAGUUCCUCUGCAUGUUUGAAGAAAAUUAUCCUGAAACCCUGAGGCGCCUGUUUGUUGUUAAAGCCCCCAAACUCUUUCCUGUGGCCUACAACCUCAUCAAGCCGUUCCUGAGCGAAGACACCCGCAAGAAGAUCAUGGUACUGGGAGCAAACUGGAAGGAGGUUUUGCAGAAGCACAUCAGCCCGGACCAGCUGCCUGUGGAGUAUGGGGGAACCAUGACCGACCCGGACGGCAACCCCAAGUGCAGAACCAAGAUUAACUACGGGGGUGACAUCCCCAAGAAGUACUAUGUGCGGGACCAGGUGAAGCAGCAAUACGAGCACUCGGUGCAGAUCAGCCGGGGCUCCUCUCACCAGGUGGAGUACGAGAUCCUCUUCCCCGGAUGUGUCCUCAGGUGGCAGUUCAUGUCGGAAGGGGCUGACAUUGGCUUUGGAGUUUACCUGAAGACAAAAAUAGGGGAGCGGCAGCGAGCCGGGGAGAUGACUGAGGUGCUGGCCAACCAGAGGUACAACGCUCACCUGGUCCCAGAGGAUGGGACCCUCACCUGCACUGAACCCGGAAUCUAUGUCCUGCGAUUUGACAACACCUACAGCUUCAUUCAUGCCAAGAAGGUCAGCUUCACGGUGGAAGUUCUGCUUCCGGACAAAGGCUCAGAGGAGAAAAUGCAGCAUCUGGGAGAUAAAAAGCUCACGGCAGCCCAGCAGUAACUCCUCUAUCCUCAUCACACCUGGGCUCCCUCUUUGUCUCACAGUUGUUUCCUGCCCCUUGCGGUUUCCUCCACCCCAGCCCCCUGCAGCACUAAGAAUCCGGACUAGAGCUGCCCCCGGGGAAAGACUUCCUCAGCUAUGGUGAAGCCAGGGGAGCUCUGGGGACCUUCAAUUUGGAGGUUGGGCAGCUAGUGGGGGGGUGAUUUGUAGGUUGUUGUGGCCAAAGCGGCUCAGGGCGGGCCCUCUCGUCCCCCAAAUUGACAAAAGUUCCUUGAAGGCUGGGCACUAGCCACUUGGGACCCAUCUGUCUGUUGACUUGUGCCAAUUCGGUUUAUUCUAGGCCUGCUUGAAGCAGGUGGCCGGGUCAAGGAGAGCACUUUUAGUGCCAGUAUGGAAUAGGGGAGAAGGAACGGGAUUGGGAAGAAUUAGGGUUAGACUUCUGGGUACGCAGCUUCGGGGUGUCAACUUGCCUGUUUUCCCAUUUCCAUAGUUAGCUGAGGAUAGGUAAAGACUGGAAGAGAGCCCCCAAGUGAGGGCCACCUCCUGGCUGUUGUGGCAACCCAGACCUCCCCUACAAAGGAUAUGGGAAGGACGGGGGAAGGAAAACAGGCAGUCCUCAUCUGAGACUCUCGGAAGCUCCUUCCAUGGGAAAAUGUACUUUACUAAUUAAUACUGAUAAUGAACAUUGCAGCUUCUAAGGGCCAGAGUAUAAGGACCUGCCCUAUAGUAAUACUAAUUAUAAUUGUGGUAUUUGUUAAGCACUUCCUAGGUGCCAAGCAUUUGCUAAGCACUAAGGAAGAUACAGGAAAAUCAGAUAGGACACAGUCCCUGUCCCAUAUAGGACUCAAAGUGUAAGGGGGUCGGGGUGACACAGGGAUUUUAUUCUCAUUUUACAGGUAGGGAAGCUGAGGCGCAGGGAAAUCAAGUGACUUGCACAGGAUCACACAGCAGGGAAAUGAUGGAGCCAGGAUUAGAACCCAAGUAGAGGCCCCCAGAAUUUCAGACUUCUAUUCAGGGGAUGGAAGGACAGGUACAGAGAGCCAAGUGGCGAAAACCAAGCGGCAGUGAAGUAAAAGGCUGCUUCAACAAGCCCCUUUAAUUUUCAGCUCCUGUUCACUGCCCCUCACUUAUCAAGUAACUUGGCUUCUGAAUCCCCAAAGUGAGGCUGACAAACCACAAUCCCAUGUAAAGGUCAGAGAUGGGAAUUCCCAGUUAGAGCCUCUUGGUCCUGUAAUGACCUUUCAUCCAGACCCCAUUUCUUGCAGGUGGAGGCAAGAGGAGAGGACUCAUCGACAUGAAGUCUAGAUCCAAGAGUUAGGUUACGUGGGGUUGGGACCUGUUUGAAUUUUGCAAUUCAUGGGGGUAGGAAGAGAGAGAUCCAUAAUCUCCCAGAUUUUUCCCAUAGGGUGAAGAAAUAUUUCUGCUCCUCAGAAGUUCAUUGGUAGGAAACAGAGUUAGAAGAGGCAAGUGGGAGCUUGUCGGGGAUGGGAGGCUGAUUUUCCUGAAACUGAAGGGCACUGAUUCUCUCAGCAAUUGCAGCCCUUACUCUUUCCCCCCCUCCCUCAUUCUGAGUCAGGUGAUCACGGGUGAAUAUUUAUUAAGCACCUACCUAGGAGGAAGGGGCUCUACAUAGCACAGAAAAGGCAUCGCCCCGUCCUCCGGGGGCUUACUUGCUCUCAAAGUGAGGGCUUUCUCUGGACUUCCAUUUGGGUGUACAGUAGCAACCGGGGGCACUGUCUGUUAGUGCCUCGCCCCACUCAGACACUUGAUAUCUGGGCCGCCAGAUGUUCCAAACUGACCCUGAGUAACCUCAUUUCUGAAUUCAAAAACUAAGGCGGCCAGAGCCCGCGCUGUUUGUAACAAUAAUAAUGAUGACGGUGA